UCUUCCCAACUCCAUCAGGAACAGCUCAGAAACCGGAGAAUCAACGAUGGUAACGACGAAAUCCAUGAAGGCAGCAGAGAAAGCGGAGAAGGCGAAUCAGGCGGGAGACGAUGGGGUCGAUGGGGCUGUGGAGGAUCUGACCGGCAUUGAGGAACUGAGGAGAGACCUGGAGGCGCAGGCGAGGAGACAGGCGCGGGUGGAGGAGGAGUUGGGAGAGUUGCAGGAGAGGGCUAGGGAGCACAACCGCACCAUCGAGGCCUUGACGGCAGCGGUGGAAGCCCUGGUGGGACAGGUGAGCGGCCUGACGGAGGCCUGGAGGAAAGGCGGGAAUGGAGUUGGUGGAGGCGAUCAGCCGCCGGAAGGGAAGAGCGCCGCCGUGGUGGUGGAGCUCGGCGGACAGGGGGCCGCGCGGCUUCCGGAGGGCAAGGGGGCGGGCGGUUCAGGCGAGACGGGAGGGGCGGCGGGCAACCCUAGCCGACCUACCGGGUCGCGUACGGGCCAAGUCACCUUCGGGCCAUCGGUCAAGGAUGGGCUACUACCGACACCAUCGGCCCAGGAGAGGGCCCGCGUGCGAGGCAAGGCCAAGAUGGCCGAGUACGUGGAACCGGACCUGCAGGCGGGCUUGGAUGAAGAAGAAUUGAUGGGCUUGGAGCAGGAGUAUGAUCACGAGCCGUGGCCCAAUGAGUUGAAUGGGCCCGGGGAGGACUAUAGCAGGGAUGAAGGAAGCCAUAUGGGCCGAGCUGGGAUGGAAGGCGGACCAGUUGGGAAGCGGCGAGAAACAGGC